AAGGGUUGAGCGGGCUGUUGGCUUUCCUCUCGUAUAUAAGCACCGCCAUACUCGCCUGUGCUGCUACUAUGCGCCCCUCCCUCUUUCUCUCUUUUCCCUUUCGAUCCUCGUAUCAGUCGGUGGGUUACUCUCGAUUGCUGAUUCUAAAGGCAGGUGGACAUCUUGCUUGGGGUUUACGAACAUCUCAAUCGAAUCGACCAUCGGUGCCUGCAAAUCUCAGGUGCUAGAUCUCUGUACACGAGCUGGGUUCAUUGAUGUUUGGUGGAAGUUGAAGAAUAAAUCCUUAGCAGCAUGGGUUUUGAUAACGAAUGCAUACUAAACAUUCAGUCUCUUGCUGGGGAGUACUUUUGCCCUGUCUGUCGAUUGCUUGUUUACCCAAAUGAAGCACUUCAGUCACAGUGCACCCAUCUAUAUUGCAAACCUUGUUUGACAUACAUCGUGAACACUACCAGAGCAUGCCCAUAUGAUGGGUACUUGGUGACUGAAGCAGAUUCGAAGCCUUUGAUAGAAUCAAACAAAACACUGGCCGAGACAAUUGGAAAAAUUGUGGUUCAUUGUCUUUAUUACAGGAGUGGAUGCCAAUGGCAGGGUCCUUUGUCUGAGUGCACUUCUCAUUGUGCUGGGUGUGCUUUUGGAAAUUCUCCUGUUGUAUGUAAUAGGUGUGGAAUCCAAAUUGUGCAUCGUCAAGUGCAGGAGCAUGCUCAGAACUGUCCUGGUGUGCAGGCAGCAGCCACAGCUGCAUCAACUAAUGCUGAACAAACCCAAACGGCUAAUCAGUCUGGAGUAUCAACUUCUCAGGCCCCGAAUUCCCAAACCAUUACUGCUCCUCCAACUGGGCUGGAGCCUAAUCCGCAAGCCAGUGCAAAUUCUCUGCUGCAGGCUGCAGCUCCAACUGCCAUGCCAACUCCUGAACAGUGGUAUCAGCAAUACUACCAGCAGUAUCCUGGAUAUGAUCCUUAUCAGCAAGCUUAUCCAAAUUACUACCCAUACCAACAACAGGUCAUUCAGCAAUACCAGCAGCAACCCCCAAAUGUGCAAGGGCAGCAGCAACCUCAGGCUUAUUCCCAGCUCCAGCCCCCACACCAGCCUCAGCCCCAGUCCCAGCCCCAGCCCCAGCUCCAAACCCAAGCCCAAGCCCAAGCCCAAGCCCAAGCCCAACUCCAACUCCAACCCCAACCCCAACCCCAACCCCAACCCCAAACCCAAAUCCAACCCCAAUCCCAAUCCCAGUCUCAUAUACAAAGCCAAAGUCAACCACAUGCUCAGUCUCAACUGCAUGUUCAGCCCCAGGCUCAGCCUCUUACCCAAACACAACCCCAAACACAAAUUCAGCCUCCUGCACAGCCUCAUCCUCUUCAGCAUGUUCAGGUUCUGGCAGCUGCAGUUAACCCACAACAUCAACUUCACCCUAUGGGGCAAUCUAAUCCUCAAUUGCAGCCACAAGCUCACCCCCCACCUCACGGCCAGCCCCAUCCUCUGCCGCAGUCCCAGCCUCAGUCAUAUACUGGAGGUCAACCUCACCUGCAGCCCCAUUCUCAACAACACAUGCAACUGGCCCAAUAUCAACAGGCUCCUUCACUUGUGCAACAUGCACAGGCUCAUAUUCAGCCUCAGCUGCGUCCUCAGGUUCAAUCACAUCCUCAGUCUGUUCAACAGCUGCAGCCUCAAACUAACCUUCAAGCCCAACCACAGGCACAGCUUCCCACUCCUCAACCUCAACUCCAGCAGCAGAUGGUUCAGCAGAAUAAAUCUCUAAACACUCAGCUGCCAACACAACAGGCACAGCCACAUGCAGUUACAGGUCAUCAAUCCUUUCCACAACCUCAACCUCACCAGCAAAUGCAGUUGGGAGCUCAACUUCCAGCCCACAUGCAUAACCAGAGUGGGCCAAUUCCUCAACAUUCUGUUCAAAUGUAUGGGCAAUUCCCUCAGCAGCAGCCUCAGAUACAUCCUCCGCAGUCCCAUGCUCCAGUGCUGAAUCAGCAGCAGCCUGUUGUAGUGCCUCCACAGGGUCAUGUCCCAAGCAUUCCUCCAGUGCAGCAGCAGCAGCUUCCUCAUGCACAGCAACCUAGUCAUCCGGGCCAACAACGUCCUCUUAUGCAGCCUAUGCAACAUUCCAUGCCUCAGCAACAUUUGCAACCUCAACAGCCAUUUCUUGGGCAAACACUCGCUCCCGUUCAGAACCAGGUGCUGCCAUACAGCCAUCUUGCACAGCAGCAGCCUGUGCAGUCUCAGUUGCGCCCUCAUGGUGCUCCUCAGUCAGUGCAGCAGAAUUCUCUUCCCUACAUGUCAUCACAGCAGAAUUCUGCAGUGUCACAUGGCUGGCAAUCUCAACAGUCUCUGAAUCAUGCUGCAAGACCAAUGGGGCCAAAUUAUGGGGCACAAUCACAGUCUUUCCCACCAUCUUCUGCUGGAUUUACUGGUGCAGCUCAUGGCCGGCCUAUGCAGAUUGGCCCAAACCAUCCUCCAAUGAAUCAAAAUUAUCUUCCAAGUGCCAACAACCAGCUGCAAAUGUCUUCUGAACACCACUCUCUCCAAUCUGGGGCUACCUUGAAACCUAUGGUGAUUGAUAGACAAAGUGAUCAGGCACAUGGGAAAAGUGUAGCCAAGCAAAAAGAUGGAUCACCGAUUCAGAAAACUGCUCAAAAGGAGCUGAAUGGUUUGGCUCCCACUCUUGGUCUUGGAGCUGAUUCAUCUCAAGUAAAAAAUAUUGUAUCCGAGACAGAUGUCAAGUUGAUGGUCAAUAUACAGAAACCUAUUGGUGGAGAUGAUGCAAAUGAUGGUCAGGUUGAUGUACAUGGAAAGGAUACAGGCUCUGACUUGCAUCCAGUGAACAGUGUUUCCUCAGAGCCUGAAAUCAAGCAUAUGGUUAAGAAAGACUCAAAUGAGAAUAGUCUGGAUACUUCACAUGAUGGUAAAUCUGUUGAAACAUUAGCUUCAGAGCAAAAAGAUACCACUAAUGUCCCUCAACAAGGGGCACAUUCUGUGGCAGAUGAUACUUCAUUGCAACACACAGAACCUUCCAUGGAACAUAACGCGAAUUCAAAAAAAGAUGUGGUGGAUUUGGGCAGGGAAUCUCGUGGGGCUGACAUGGUCACACAAGCUAUUCCCUUGGCUUCAUCUCACAUCCCUGAUAGUUCUGCAAAGUCUCAGACUUUUCUUUCCAGUAGAGAUCGUUUGCAGCAUCAAUCUCAGCCUAUGCAUCAAGGUGCUGGAGUUGAUGGAUUUAAGAGUUUCCCUCCUCAUGAUCAGACAUUGGGAAAGGGCUUUAUGCAUGCUCCUCAUCCUUUCCCACCGACUGAUCAAGGCAGGCAUCAGCCUGCACCAAUGCCUUCUGCUCAUCAACUGCCAGGGCCCCCAGUGCCUCCUUCAGGGCCCCUGCACCAUCAAUUGCCAGGGCAACCCACCAGUGGAUUAAGGCCUCAAGGACCUGGUCUUUUGCCCCCGCCAGGGCAGCUGUUAAAUCCACCUGAUGAGUUCCACCUACCCAUGCUGAAGCAACCUCAUGGUUCUUUCCAUCCUGAAAUUGCUUCUGGCGGAAUCCCAGGUCCAAGUGCCACGCUAUUUGGGAGAGGAUCAGGCCAUGAGAAAAGUUUUGAGAUGCAACCCGUUGCUUCUCAAGGGCAUAAUCAUCAAGGCCUUAUGAUGCCUCCACAUGCUGGGCUCCCAAGGAUGUCUCAAGGUGAAAUUCCUGGCUCAUUUAACUCACCUGGUGGAAUGAUAGGAAGGCCACGACCACAAGGACCUGAAAUGCAGAUUCAUCAGGGUCCAAUUAAUCCAGCUGGAAGUGAAAUGUUUUCUGACCAGAGGUCUCAUCACUUGGAUGGCCGACAACCUGAUUCUCAUUUGCUGGGGUCAUCUAGAAGGGCUCCCUUUGGACAGCCUGCUGGUGUGGAAUCGAAUUUGAUGAGAAUGAAUGAAGCUCCAGGUAGUGAUUCAUCGUCUGCAGUUGGUCUGCGUGAUGACAAGUUCAAGUCUCUUGCAGGAGAGGGUCCGAAUCACUUUCCAGUGGAGCCAUCUCGGCAUGUCAACCCAGUUUCAAGGCCUUUUGACAAGGCACCUCAUGGAUUAAACUAUGAUACUGGACUGAAGUUAGAUCCAGGUCCUGCUGCUUCUAGAUUCUUGCCUCCUUACCACCCUGGUGGCUUGAAUGAUGCUGGUGGUAGAGUGAAGCCAGUUGGUCCUGAUUCUAGUCGUAAUCAUCCAGAUUUUCAUGGACCAGCUUCUGGAUUUGGUAGGCAUCAUAUGGAACAGUUGACACCUACUAGUCCUGGUGGCAGAGAGUAUACUGGCUUUGCAAGUCAUGGUUUUGUUGGUCUUCCUGGUUUCCCACGAGAGCAGCCAGGCCUGGAUAACAUUCAGGGCCCUGAAUCACGUCACUUUAAUGGAGCCCCCAGGUCCUUCAACUUUGCUCCAGAUCCAGUUGGCAACCCAUUUAAUGAAACUAGGAUCCCUCCCUUCCCUGGCAACUUGCGAAGGGGUGAGCUUGAUGGGCCUGGGAAUGUGCGAAAUGCUGAUAUGGUUGGGCAAGAUGUUCUCUCUGGCCAGUUAAAGAGGGGUGAACUUUUGGGUCCACGAAACUUACCCGGUCAUUCUGGUUUUGGUGCUUUUCCUGCUCAUGGGCAUAUGGGGGAUGUGGCUGGCCCUGGUAAUUUCCUGCAUCGUCCACCUUUUGGUGAACCAUUUGGAGGUAACAAGUUUGGUCAUCCGCGUCUUGGUGAGCCUGGAUUUAGGAGCAGUUAUUCACUAACUGGUGGCUUGGAUCCUUUUGACAACUCCAGAAAGCGGAAGCCAGGAAGCAUGGGCUGGUGUCGCAUAUGCAAGGUUGACUGUGAAACAGUGGAAGGGCUAGAACUGCAUUCACAAACAAGGGAGCAUCAGAAGAUGGCUAUGGAUAUGGUUCAAAGCAUAAAGCAGCAGAAUGCAAAGAAGCAGAAAACUUUCAAUGAUCAUUCUUCACUUGAGGAGCCAAGCAAGUUGAGAGGUCCUGGUUAUGGAGUUCGUGGCAACAAGCCUUGAGUAGUGCCAUGCUGCAAGAUGGACUGAAACUGUCUUAUCCUUGUGUUGGCAAUCGAAGUUUGUGUUUUGGUUGCUGUUCUUUUAGUGCCGACGGUAUUAUCGAACUGAAGUUUCAGUCGCAGCUUGCUGAGAAGAAAAUACCCACUAUGCUAAUAGCAGGUUAAUCAUUAGAAACAUAGUGUUGAAUCUACAUCACUGUUGUUGGGGAAAGCAUCUCCAGUUCGAUGUUGAUGUUUUAGUGCAAAACAUGGCUGUCGAUAAAGGAGACUGGGAUAAGGACUGAGAUCUAUACAAUCCAACAUUUCUUUUUUGGGAGAAGCAGACAACAUAAGGGCUGAAAGUUCAGCAGAAAGUUUACCUGCAAUUUUUUUUAUAUGGUGAAUUUCCAUCAAAAUUUUAUAUUGGCUGGUUCAUGGGGCAUCAAAGCAUAGAUACUUCCAGAGGCGCGUAUGUGUUGGAUAUUCUCAAAUAUAUAUGAGUGUCAUAUAUUUUUCUAAAAAUCUUGCAGUGGUGGAACAAUUGGAGGACGUGAACCUAUCCUGGAAACAUGUAUGUCCAGUGCCUGAUACACACGCAGAACAUAUCAUGAGUUGAGAACUUAGGGUUUGGUGAUAAAUUAUGAAGACUUGGAAUUAUUUUAAAUAAUAUUCGUAAAUAUGUUCUUGGAUAAUAGUAACUAAAUCACAAGCCUCAAUCCAUUAUGUGAAGUUGACUAAAUGCAUUCUAGGCCUCUAUCCAUCUCUAUUCAUGGUUCAAUGUUAUGUUUAAGGGUUUUUCACCCUUCUUUUUUGGUUGGUGUUUCUUUCCAUCUUUUGCUACAAACUUCAUUUCAUCCAAUGUCUUCCUAUCACAUCUCUAAACUAUUUAAUCCUGUCUCCCGCAUCUUAUCUUUUAUAAGGACAACUCCAACCUUAUUAUUGCCUUUUCUUAUUUUGUGCUUUUUGUAUGACUAUAUCCAUUGUAACAACGUCAUCUUAGUUACACUCAUAUUUUGCAGUAUUGGUAUUGAAGUUGUUCAACAUUUUGAGCUAUAUAACAAAGAUAGUCUUAUAAUUGUUUAAUAGAAAUUUCAUUUUGGCUUUAAAUGGGUUUUAUGAUUGUAUAAAAUGUUGGAUGCACUUCUGUACUUUAACCGUAGACCUCAAUUCUCUGAGUAACAUUCUCCCUAAUUUCUCUUUCUGUUUGAACAAUUGAUCCAAGAUAUCUAAAGUGACCUUUUCUGGUAUAACUUGAUUCGCAAGUCUCUUAAUGACCUCUCUGCACUUAGUAUUUACUAGACUUAAAUUCCACAAAUGUAGUUUUUGACUUGAUAGGGUCCUUACAUAUGGAAAGGUAUCGGGAUCAUCCGAAAGACCUACAUAUGGUGUUUAUAGAUCUAGAAAAGGCCUAUGAUAAGGUCCCUAUAGAAGUAUUAUGGAGGGUUUUAGAGAAGAAAGGAGUUAGAAUAGCCUAUAUACAAGCCCUUAAGGACAUGUAUCACGGUGUAGAGACGAGGGUCAGAACAUGCGGAGGGGAUACUGAACCGUUUACAACUACAAUAGGACUGCAUCAAGGUUCUGCACUAAGUCCAUACUUAUUUGCUCUAGUAAUGGAUGAACUCACUAAAGAUAUUCAGAUAGAGGUGCCAUGGUGUAUGCUAUUUGCAGACGACAUAGUGUUGGUGGAUGAAACAAAAGGAGGAGUGAACACUAAGCUUGAGUUGUGGGGAAACAAUUUAGAAUCUAAGGGAUUUAAAUUAAGUAGAAAGAAAAUAGAAUAUAUGGAAUGCAAAUUUAGUAAGAAUGCAAGAGUGGAUGAUGUUAUAAUAAAAUUGGAAGACCAAAUUUUACAAGGAAAAGACCAUUUUCGAUAUUUGGGAUCAGUGAUUCAAAAAGAUGGAGAAAUUCACGAGGAUGUCGCACAUAGAAUUAAGGCAGGUUGGCUAAAAUGAAGAAAUGCAUCGGAGGUGUUAUGUGAUGGUAAAAUCCCAUUAAAACUGAAAGAAAAAUUCUAUAGAACAGCUAUAAGACCAGUCUUGUUGUAUGGCCCAGAAUGUUGGGCAGUCAAAUACCAGCAUGAGCAAAAGACGAGUGUAGCGGAGAUGAGGAUGUUAAGAUGGAUGUGAGGCUAUACAAGGAAGGAUAAAAUUAGAAAUGAAGUUAUUCGCAAUAAGGUAGGAGUAGUGUCAAUCGAGGAGAAGAUGAGAGAGACUAGACUAAGAUGGUUUGGUCAUGUGAGAAGGAGACCAAGAGACGCUCCUGUGAGGAGAGUUGAUGAAAUGGAACAAUUAGUCAAAAAAAGAGGUAGAGGCAGGCCCAAAAAGACUUUGGGAGAGACAUUAAAGUUUGAUAUGAAGUGUAUGGAUCUAAAUGAAGAUAUGUCAAAAGACAGAAAUACAUGGAAGUCUAGAAUUCAUGUAGCCGACCCCACAUAGUGGGGAUAAAGGUUGGAUAUGUUGUUGUUGUUGUAGUUUUUGACUUGCUUACCUUAAAAUCUUUGAAUUUUAAGGUGUUUCUCCACAAUUCAUAUUGUUCACACCUUUUGUAUGUUUCAUCUGAUUGAACAAUAUCAACUACAAAUAACUUACACCAAGACACUUCUUCCUGGAUGUGUUUCUUAAUUUCAUCCAUCACAAGAGCAAAGAGAUAGGGCUAAAUGUAGAUCCUUGAUGCAAUCUAAUAGUAAUUAUAAAAGCAACCUUUUCUCACGUCCUAACACAAUAUCUGCUUGAAUAUACAUGUCCUUAAUAACAUGUAUAUCAGCAAUUUGAAUUCUUUCUUCUCUAACACCACCUUUAAUACUUCUGUUGGGACUGUAUUGUAGACUUUUAGGGAGUUCAUAAAACAUCAUUUGCUAAAGUUUUUGUUUGUCUUUGGACCUUUUCAUUAAAUUCCUAAAUAAGUAGACAGUUUGCGUAGUUGCUUACCAGGAAUAAAACGAAAUCAAUUUUUAGAGACUUCGGUGGUUCUCUUUGAUGUAUGCUCAGUUACCCUCUCCCAAAGUUUCAGAAUGACCAAUUGGCUUCUCUAUAUUGUUUCCACAACUUUGAACAUCUUCUUUAUUCUUGUAAGUGGGCAUUAACAUGCUAUUUCUCCACUCACUUGACAAUUUUUUAUUUAAAGAUAUCACAUUAAAUUAAUUUUUAAUCAAGAAAUGGCCUCUUCUCAAGCAUUUCCAUGUUUCUAUUAGGAUAUUAUCUGGAGUUUUUUUUUUUUUUUUCAAAUUUUAGAACUAUUUACAAAAAAACUUUUACAAAGUAAAACCGAAACUCAAACAAAUAUUCCCAAAUUAAAACUCUUGUCACAUCAAACUCACGAAACUACUUUUGAUCAAAAGUGAAAAACAACUACUGCAGUUUUGAUAUUAAUGCACAAAUUUUGCAGUGUUGUGCAUUAACAUAGAAACUGCAAACUCUGUUCUGCAUUUCUAAUGCAUAACAGCCAAGCGGUUGAUGCUUAAAAUAUUAAAACUUAGUUGUGGAUUAGAAAUAAAAAAUUUCUGCUAUUCCUCGUGUUGUUGGGAAUAUAUCUUUAUUCUUCAAACCAUAUCAAUGCAUCUUGAUUUAAGAAAUGGACUAUCUGAGAGGAUUCAUCACAGAAUGUUGCUACUGUAGUUUUACUGGAGUCAAGUGACUUAAGUUCUUUAGAACCUGUGGUAAGUUGUCAAAGUCUUUGAGGAGAAGGAUGCCAAGUGGUUGCCACAUAUGCAGACUACUGGUGUAUGAAAGAACUAUUUACUCUUAAGACAUCCAGAAAGUGAAGAAGGAAAAAACUGUUCAGUAAAAAUAAUAAAAUAAAAGUUGAUGUUAACCCUCUACCGACCAACUUAGGUUUUUAGAUGAGGUUAAUAAUUUGACAUGGUAUUACAGUAGACAAAAGUCUUAAGUUCAAAUCUCACUGCUAACUUAAUAUAUAUUAAUUGCAUGCAUUUGUACCAGUUAUGCAGUAAAAUCUGGCCAGACCUGAGAGGGCACGCUGAGAGUAAAAAUAAUAAUAUGAAAAGAUGAAAUUAACCCUCUAUCUAUAGGCUUGAUAUUUUAGAUGAGAUCAUGGUCAAUAGUUUAACAAAAAACAUUUUAGAAAGGGAUAGACCCACUGUCUACCCAGGUUAACAAAGAUCAUACUAAUCCCAUUUCUCAUAGCAUUAUGUUGCUGAUCACACAUGAAAGUUCUAAUAUUUCAUUUGCUGAGGGAUUAAAUGCUAUUUUAGUGUUGCUUGGAGUUGUUGGUAAGUUUGAAGAAAUUUAUUGUAAGGUCUAUUAUAACUCUGAAGUGUCCACAAACUAGUUAGAAAGGAAUAGAGAACUGGUCUAUCCAAGUAAAUAAUGAUAACAGUUGGGUUUGUACAAAUGAAUUUGUGUGGGAGGGGCAUAUAUUGCAUGGAAAAAUCACCACAGUAGGGGAUUUAGGCACAAUUAUAAUCUUUUCUUGGGUUUGAAUGCUUGUUUCAGGACAGUAUAUUGUUAACAGGUGAUUUUGAUGCUUAGUAAUCACUUGUCAGAUAAAGUAGAACUGUGAGGUGUUAUUUUGGGUUAGGCUUUUCGUUUACCUGAAAGCAUGAAAAUAUAUGCAUUGCUAUUGAAAAAUGAAUCUGUUUUCCAUAAAGGUUCUAGAUCUUCAGUUGGCCAUUUAGGUUGCUUUUGUCAUUUUCUUAACUUUCCAUCAUUAGAAUCUUAAAUUUAAUUACUUUGCGAGGAUACUUUCUUAUUGAAAUGAUAUUCCACUGAUUGAUCAUUGGCACAUUUUCAGCAAUAACUGUAAAACAACAAUCACAAGCCUAGUCCUACUAGGUGGAGUCAGCUACAUGUUUUAGUUUCAAAGCAUUGUGUAGUAAUGACAUACUUUGUAAGUUGAUCAUGGUGGUUGUUUUUCUUUGGUUGCCUGAGUUAUUUUUCUUUUGUUUGGGAGUCACUUUCCCGUUGGGUUACCUGUGCUGAUCAUGAAUGGACCACUUCUAUAUGAGGUGUAUCAAUCUUCUAUUUCCUAAAAAAUAAUUGUUUUUUCUUGUGCCACAUUGUAGGCUGUGUGUCAAAGAUUUUAUCCACCAAUCAACUUUUGGAACAUAUUUGGCCUUAAGCCUGGCCUUCUGGGAUAAUCUUUUUACACCAAGUAGCUUCCUACAACAUAGUUGCAGUCCACCCCUCUAAUAGGAUCUUUUAUUAUUAUUCUUAUGCUCCUUUCUAGACCAUGUAAAUCUCAACCUGAAGUCUAAAUUUAUGCAAAUUUACCAUUGGUGGACCAACUAGUUUUUACUGAUAAUAGCUAGUAAUGGUCUGCCUUUCUUGGUGGAUCUUUUAUAACUAGUUGAUGCAUUCAUGUAAAAACUAACUUAGCCUAUUGAGAGGCCAUUUUGUUUUAACAAAUAUUUUUGAAGAAGAAUUGCCACAAGGGGACAAAUCCUGUAUAAAGAGAUGAGAGUAGAAAAUUGGAAAGUAUCUUUCCCAAAAUCUUAUUUAUAAACAAGGUGAAAGAAGAUAGAGAAAAUAGGGGUCCUCUUUCAACCACAAGUUCAUUUAUAAGUUAUUUGAUGUGUGUAUAAGUUUUUAGAUGCAUUGAUACCUGAAUGUGGACUCCAUCCAGAUGCAAGAAUGGUGACUCUGCAAUGGAUGCAUGCUUUAGUUAAUCAAGUUCAGGAUUCAUGAACGCAUACUGAUUCAUGAUCGUUGCUUUAGGGCUUUCAGGUUCAGUUAACUGUAAUUUAAAUUGUUUCCAACAAAUCCGAUGAUUAAGUGUGCUUAUAGAUCAUUUUAAUGGGCAUCUAGGAAAGUAAUGUGCAUUAGGAAAGAUAUAUUUAGUGUUUGAACCUUAAUGUGUUAUGAAGAUUUCAUGAUUCACUUUAAGCUUGAGUGGACAACCCUGAACUUAAGAACUAGGUGGAUUAACCUUGAGAUCCCUUUGGUAUCUUAAAGCUGAUAAUCUUGAACUUAAGAACAAAUAUAUGCAAAACAAGACAUAUCACACACAUUUCUUUCACAGGUCUUUUAAUUACUUUGCUAGUACAUUUAUAGCUUGCAUUCGAUCUCAACUUAGUGACCUCAUUUGUCUCAUAUGAAGUCACUAGCUUCAAGCCCUCAAACACUUAGCUAGGUACACUUAUCAAGAGUGCAUCCUGUGACACUCCAAUCCAUGUGGAUUAUAAACUUGUGAAGAGAAUAAUCUCAGCCUCAAAUCAAUAGGACUAAUGUGCAUCUAUGGUAUGAAAAUGCAAUAUAGUUUUUUCUUAGCUCAUUUUUCAUUGAACCUGUUGAACAAGUUGGGUUUCUACUAAGUACAACAUCAAUUAGAAAGCUUUAGUUGUCCCAUCUUCUUUGUGUCUCUUUCUCCCCCACUGUUUUUGUGAGGGGAUUUGUUUUUGAAGAAAUCAGCAUGAACUGAUUCAAUAGAGCGAGGAGUAAGAGAUUCCAUUUGCUGCUGUUUAUGUCAACUUCAAUUGCUCUAGAUCUUGCAGGAAUUUCUGAUUGCAUUUCAGGUACAACAUAGGGUAGCUUUAGUUGCUUCAAUAAAAUUCCAUCUUUUGCUCCCAAUGACUAAAGUUUUAUCCAUCAGAGCAAAUGGAUUCUGAAGCCACAAACACUAGUGAAGUAAAGAGUCGUGUAUAAAUGCUUCUUGAAGAAAGUCAAAAUACCACAUGUGCAAAGGGUUCUAACUAUUUUCUCUCUCCAAGAGUUAGCUUAGACUGUAUUUCGUCAUGUUCCUUCACAAUGUUGCACUGAUUGAUGGGAACAAAGUACUUGAUGACCAUUUUCAAGAUUACCAUUUGGAAUCUCGUUAACUUUUAUGCACCUGUUAGAUGGUUGAUCUUAUUGUAUGUGAAGCUACGCUCGUUUUCUUACACAAUUCUACACAUGUUUAUACUCUUAAGCAAAGAGGAAGAGGAGUGAAGAAUUUGGUAUGUAUGUGUCUUUAAAGUGGAGAAUUCGGAUAUGGUUAGGGCAAGCCAAAAAUGUAGGCUACAUAAAUAUAGUAACGUUGUUAGGUUUCUCAUAGUUGAAAUUUAUAGGGGUCUCGUUGAAAUUUACUACUAAAUUUUAUGGGGAUCCACCAAUUUUUUUUGAGUGGGGAUCCACCAAUUUGACUUUUGUUAUUUGGAUUGCUGCCUUGUGUAGGUUUCUCAUAGUUGAUAAUUUGGGCAUGGACGGGAGUCUAUCUGUAGCUUUCUUUCUUAAUUUAUAUUUACUCGAGAAGACAAAUUGUGCAAGAGUAUACAAGCUCCCAAAUUGGUUGUUUCUGGCUGGAUGGGAUGCAGAAUAAUGAGUCGUUGUUUAAUAUUAUGUGAGCGUGCAUUUUUGUUGUUCGAGGCUGGCUUUUAUCUGAUAAAAGAAUAUGGUGCAAGAUUUGGAUUGUUAUGUUGUGGAUCAAUUAGUCAGAAAACAUUGUUUGGGAUUGUAAGAUCCCAUUUUGCAUAAAUGUGCAUGCCUAUUUGUUAAUUCUACGUUCCUGGUAUGGGUGAACCUUCAAAAAUUAAAAUGGUUGUAAGAAAUACUGGUUUUAUCUUUAUUCAUUUUUACUAAUGUGCACCGUGGUCAAUUGGGAUAAGUCAGUAACUUUGCCCCAUUUUCUAAUCAAGUUGGCUUGUUUUUAUUUUUAUCCUUUAUGGCCUGGAAGUUUUUUAAGAACAUAAUGAAGCCCAAUCCAUAACUUCCUCAGCAAUUACCGUAGUGAUACAACAUUAAAUCCACCUAUCCCUUAACAACUGUAGAUGUAGUUACCAAUUGGAUUUAAACGUGUUCCAAAAAGUUUCAUGACUUAAAACAAUAAAAAUGAAGUAGGAGACUUGAUUACGAAAUUAGACGAAGUUAAAAGGACUUUCAACAUACUUAUCCCAUGUGUAGUUAUAGUUCUAUGUGCGUUAUUUAUUGCUUGUGUGCAAUAUGCAAUUGACUGUCCUGUUGAAUGUGAGACUUUUUUACAUGAGGCCAGAUCCUAAUAUGAAGAGAAUCACUUAGAGAGCUACUUCAUUCUUGUAGUAAAUGCAAAAACUAGGGAUGGAGCCACUUGAUUAAGGUAGUCGCUAAUCUAAUCGACUACAUGAACAUGCCCAUCUGUACACGUGUUGCUAGGUAAUCCUAAAGGCAGGCCACUUGAUUUUUGUGGUACAAACAAGUGCAUCUGUACACUUUGUUUGCUAAUCCUUGUCUACUAGGAAGGUCCUGCUAAUUGAAUUAUUUGUUUUUAAGUUGACUUAUUGCUUUUCCUGCUGGUGUUAUUUAGGCACCAGUUUUGUGCUCUUUGUAAUUUUUAGAUGAUCGACUUGUUCUGCCAUUGAUUUUCUAGCAUGGCAUAUGAUACACCCUUUAAAUUUGGUGUUCCACUGAAUUUGCUUCAGCUAGGGGACUAAUCUAUGGUAAUUAAAAUAAAAAUACCUGCAUGGCUUCUAUACAUGUAUGGCAAUUUAAAAAAGAGAAGUGUUAGUAGGAUAAUUGAAUUUGUGGCUUGUCAAAUUGACCUGCUCGAUUUAUCUGUGUGAGGUAUGUCUUGGGGCACUAGCGUGAUAUGUCUGAAAGCUUCCUAAAGACCUUCCACCCUGAGGAGGAUUGGGAACCAUAAAGUUGCUCAAGUGCAUGACGCCCAUUGGAUAAGCCAUAAUCAUAGUCAUUGCAAGUUGGAUUAUAGACAAUUGCAGUUUAGAUGUGAAUAAUCAUUUUUGACUGGAUGAGGGGCAAUUUGUUCUUAAUUGUAUUUGCCAUUUUACACCGGAUUUGGCUACCCAUUGAGCAUCUUCCUUCAGACUUGGAUGUUGAGUUUGUGGUGGUGGUUAAGCAUAUUGUUUUCACGUUGGCUUGCAUGUUGCCGGCGUCAUCCAUUGGUGAUGACUUGAAGUAGGCUUGAAAGACAUGUUGAAGAGGGUAUUAUAUUAUUAGUCAGUUUUAACUCGAGGAGGUAAAGCUCUAGUGGAGGUGAAGUGAUAACUGAAGUCACUCUGAAAUAAAGUGGUCAGUGGAGAAAUUGAACCGUCAAAGCUCCAAAAUAACUGUUGAAGAUCUAACUUGUGGUGAAAGUAUGAGUAGCUAGUGGGAUUUGUCGAACAAUACAUGGUGCAUGAAUGUAACACCAGGUGGAGUUACAUGUCGAUAUUGAUCUACGAAUUGAGAAGUGUCAUUAACUUAUUUAGAUAGACACUUCUGAAUAAGCAAUUUCACAUUAGAUGGGUUUCUUCUACUUCUAGAACUCAUACGCUGGGUUUCCUUCGUCCCUAAAUGUUGGGAGUAGUGUUAAAAGCUUCUGGAUAGGCUUUAUAUCUUGGAUACAACCCUGCACUUGAAUUACUGCUCCUUCAUUGUGUUAACUAGGUUUGCAGCAUUUCCACUGUACUUUCAAUUGCAUUACUAAUAACUGCGGUUCUUGUUGGAUUGCAGCACUUAGGUCAUUUUUCUGCUCUUAAAUAGUAAUUUUUCUGCUCUGAAUAAAGUGCCAGAUUAUGGAAAGCAUAAUAGGUGUGGAGACUAUCCUCUUUACUAGUCUCUGCUGUUAAACUGAAAACUCACUAGAUGAGUCGGUGUAUAAUUUGUGUUAAAAGAGGAACUUGAGCAAUAUUUUUUCCCUCUACAAUGGAUGGAUAAUUUUAUCAUUAAAUGAAUUCUCAGAUUCACCUAAAGCCAAUCAAUUUAUUGGUUACUCGUAAUAAUGGGAAUAACCAAUGGCAAGGGAUGCUAUUAUUAGCAUGGAGGCGGACUUGUUCGUUGCAUGUUGUAUCCCUUGCCUUCAUAGCGUUGGAAAAAUCUUUUUACUUUCUUUUAGAGUUUACUUACGGUGAAUUUCUACCCACCCCUUAGUUUUUGCUAAAAUGAACAUGGAUACCUCCUGAGAGAGAUAAAUUACACUGUUGGUAAAGAAAUUAAUUAGGAUUGUCAGAUGUCUGUUUUGCUUAAUUUUUAUAAAUAUAUUUCAGUCGUAUAGGUUGCGUCUUUGAUCAACGAAAAUGUAAAAGAAUCAAUCAACCUUAUAUUCCUUUAAUCCUGUUUUGUUUAUGCUUUAUAUUAGUAUGUCCUGUUUAUUUUAUUUUAUUUUCUAUCAUUAUUAUUAUGGACAUAUUCUAUACUGGUCUCUCACUUUUGACUCCUAACCCUAAUGCAAUAUGAGGUGAUUUUGUGUGGUGUGAAAGGUUCAUUGUAGGAUCUUCUUGGGGGGUGUUGUGUCAUCAAGAUAUGUAACAUGUGGCGACAUUUGCAGUUUGAUUAUUGUUUUCUUGUGAAUGUCAUUUUGUUUAUGUUUGUUAAGAGUGACUUUGGAUUCAGAUUUUGGCUUGUGUUUAUGUAAUUGUAGUUACCUAGCUGACUGAAUCCAGGCUACCUUUAACUUCAGUUGGUAACAUUGUCUGUAAAUGUCGCAUUAAGCAAUGUACAACAUAACUUUGCCCACGGAUAAUCCGUCGGGUAAUGAUGA